GAGCUCUAGAGCUCGGAUUCAUGGCCGUAGUCACGAGAAUUUUUUUCUCUACAGCGCUUUUUGGGAGCUUGCUUGAGUGGAAAUCCCACUGUGAAACACCACCCAAAGUGGGUGCUUGGUUGCGGAGAAGAUUGCUAUUGGGGCGUGCCAAGUUUGCUUGAUGUUCGGUAUCAGAUUCAUCAUGGAAGGAGCUUUGAAAAGGAGCCAUUGGAUCCUUUUUUUCACUGGUUGCUGAUGAAUUGUCACUCUUAGCAAAUAGAUUAAGAUCAAUGGUAGUUGCUGAGGUUCCUAAGUUGGCAUCAGCUGCUGAAUAUUUAAAAAUGGGAGUGGAAGGGAAAAGAUUUCGCCCUACGGUCUUGUUGCUUAUGGCGUCAGCUUUGAAUAUGCCAAUACCACAAUCAGCUGCUGAUGAAGUGUUUGAUAACCUGUCAAGGGAUUUGCGUUCAAGGCAGCAGUCUAUAGCAGAAAUAACAGAGAUGAUUCAUGUGGCAAGUCUUCUCCAUGAUGAUGUUCUGGAUGAUGCAGAGACUAGGCGUGGUAUUGGUUCUUUAAAUUUUGUCAUGGGAAACAAGCUUGCUGUUCUGGCAGGAGAUUUCUUACUUUCCCGGGCUUGUGUUGCGCUUGCAUCUCUUAAAAACACAGAGGUCGUAUCCUUGCUGGCUACAGUUGUGGAGCAUCUAGUUACUGGUGAAACGAUGCAAAUGGCAACUACAUCUGAGCAACGUUGUAGCAUGGAAUAUUAUUUGCAGAAGACAUACUACAAGACAGCUUCACUGAUUUCAAACAGCUGCAAGGCCGUUGCCCUCCUUGCAGGACAAACUGCAGAAGUUUCAAUGCUUGCUUAUAACUAUGGUCGAAACCUGGGAUUGGCAUAUCAGUUGAUUGAUGAUGUACUUGAUUUCACUGGCACAUCAAGUUCACUUGGGAAAGGCUCUUUGUCUGACAUCCGCCAUGGCAUUGUGACAGCUCCAAUCUUAUUUGCAAUGGAAGAGUACCCUCAGUUGCGUGAAGUUGUUGACCGAGGAUUUGAUGACCCCACAGACGUGGAUGUUGCCCUUGACUACUUGGGAAAGAGUCGAGGAAUUGAGAGGACUCGAGAAUUGGCUGCAGAACAUGCAAAGCAUGCCAUAGAAGCAAUCAAUACUCUUCCUGAAAGCGAUGACGAAGAUGUUCAGAUAUCCAGACGAGCACUCGUAGAUCUCACACACAGGGUUCUCACAAGAUCAAAAUGAAAUAUGAAACACUAGACGCUGAGGCAAAGAAAACACGCACCUUUUGUCUUUCAUUCAUAGGAUUAUUUCCUCUUUUUUCUUAAUAAAAAUUUGUAGUAUUUAUUA